AUCUCCGUAAGAUUUGCAAAGUUAUAAAUAUUUGUUUACAUACUCUCUCGAAUAUAUUUAUAUUAAAUUUAUGACGAAUAACAAAGAAUUGAUUAUUAAUUAUAUAUUUUAAUCUAAUAUAUGUGUAAUGUACGAAGUACGAAAAUUUUAAGAAUUCAAAUCGAUUGAUAAGUUAUUAUUGUAAAAAAAGAUAGCUACAUUUUUAUCUUCGGAUCACCCAUAUUAAUCAUAGAUAGAUGGUUAUACUACAAAAAUGUACGCGAUAUAUUACAUUUCUAUUUGUAUAACUGUUUGUAUGAUAAUCAUUGCAAGAAUAUAUUUUGUAAUGUUUCCUACAUAUAAAACAAGCGGAAGGAAAUCGAUUCGAAAUAAACCAAUUAAAACAAUGAUUGUAUUAGGAUCUGGAGGACAUACAGCAGAAAUGAUAAGAAUACUUAAUUAUUUAAGCUUUAGAAAUUACUCGCCAAGAAUAUAUGUGUAUGCUGAUACAGAUUCAAUGAGCAUUGAAAAAGUUAAAUAUUUAGAAAAGAAUAAUGUAGAUUAUAAGAUAAUUAAAAUUCGUAGAAGCAGAGAAAUUCAUCAGUCAUACUAUACAUCUAUUUAUAGUACUAUUUAUGCAACUCUGGAAUCAAUUCCUUACUUAUGGAGAGAAUGUCCAGAGUUACUUCUAUGUAAUGGUCCAGGAACUUGUGUCCCUUUAUGUAUAGUAGCAUUCUUAUUUAAAGUAUUUUGUAUCGCGCAAACUACUGUAAUAUUUGUUGAAAGUUUUUGCAGAGUCAAAACAUUGUCAUUAACGGGAAAAAUUUUGUAUUAUAUAGCAGAUUACCAAAUAGUACAAUGGCCAUAUUUACAAGAACCAGAUGACAAAAGUAGUAAAAUAUUUUAUUUCUAAAUAAAAUAACUUUAAUUUAUAUCUAUGA